UCUUGACAUGGCAGACGCCGGCAGCUGGCAGCCGCCGCGGCCCUGCGAGGCCUACCGUGAGGAGUGGAAGCUCUGCCGCAGCGCCAGGCACUUCCUGCACCAUUACUACGUCCACGGCGAGCCGCCCGCCUGCGCGCAGUGGCUACGCGACCUGACCAGCUGUCGCGACUGGGAGGAGAGCCGGAGCGCCAAGGCCCAGCAAUCCCUCUGUGAGAGCGAGCGGGCCCGCAUCCAAGCUGCACAGAAACACACCCUGGUAUGGGCCCUGAGGCAGAGGCCCCCUGCAGAAUGGCACCUUCCUCUGCCACAGGAGAAGGAUGAGUGAUGAAUGACCAGCACCUCUGGCCUUGCCUGUGUGGCUUCCUUGAGUGUUUCUUAUGGGGCCUGAUGUAGCCCUAAGAACUGUGACUAGCCCACAACUGUAUGUGUCCCUCUGAGCAACGGCCUGACCUGGACUACAGAACAGAACCUCCCAGUCCUGCCUGCCACCCUUCAUCAUGCACCAGGGCAUCCUGCCAUGGUGAUGCUCCAAAAGAUAAUUUGUGCUCACAAUUACACAAAGGCAAGCAGUGUGGCAAGUACCUAUGAGCGGCCAGAUCAGGCUGACUCAUCUCUACCCCCACUCCAAGAACAGCAGCACCACAGGUAUCAGCCUUGAUGUAGAAUUCUCAGGUAAAGCCUGGUGUGUUAGCCUGACCCCUGGGUAGGUCAGAAUGAAGUGACUCAACAGCUGUGCUGCUGUGAACACCUCUCCUUGUUUCAGGCUUGGUGGCUGCUGUAUAUUGCCAGCCCUUGGCACUGAAGCAUGGGACUCACCCUCUGCUCACUGCCAUUGCACAUAUAGGUAGAGCAUGCUGAGCAGGCAGUGCUUGCUGGCCCUCUGCCCCAGUGUUUCAACACAGGCUCCCAGGGAGCCCUCCAAAAGAUGUGGGCUUUUUGCUUUUGUUUUUUUUUAAUGAAGUUCACAUAGCUACAGAACACAUGACCUUACAGUUGUGCAUGCAGUCUAGGCUUAAGAGAAAACCCAGGCAUUAGUGGUUCAUGCCUGUUAUCCUAGCUACUCAGGAGGCUGAAAUCGGAGGACUGCAGUUUAGA